AACUGAACGGAACAUUAGAUUGAUUUACUGUGCUAAAAGAAGAAAAUACUAUAACCAAACUUUUUUGACGAGUUUAUGUUUACUUUCCAAUUUUAGUUUUAGAAAAUAGCUUUAUAGGAAAAGGCCGUUAAUACAGCUGAUUUCAUUGAUGGAAUUCGAAAUUUCACCUACGCUGGCACAAAAAGAAAUCAUUCAAAAUGAGUGUCUAACCGUACCAGUGCUUCAACAGGAAAAUCUGUCCUACCAAGACUUCUUUGAGCAAUUCAUGGUGAAAAACCUUCCUUGUAUAAUUAAAAACGUUGCCAGAGACUGGCAGGCAACGAAUAAGUGGGUCAAUGAAGAUCAGCCCCAGUGGCAACAUCUGAAUACCAAGUACGGCCAUACGAAAGUUAUAAUUUACAACUGUUCGCAAAAGUACUUUAAUUCACAAAAAUGCAGAGAAAGCACUCUUGACGAGUACUUGGCACUAAUACGAAACCCGACUGAGGAUAUUUACUAUCUCAAGGACUGGCAUCUGAAGUUACAAUGCAAAACAGAUAACUUUUACCAAGUGCCCGUUUACUUUGCUUCUGACUGGCUGAACGAGUAUUUCACUGAAUGCACUGACGAUGAUUACAGAUUUGUCUAUAUGGGCCAAAAAAGCAGCUGGACCCCACUGCAUGCAGAUGUUUUCAACUCAUUCAGCUGGUCUGUGAAUGUUUGCGGACAGAAAAGAUGGAUUUUCUUUCCGCCUGGGGAAGAGCUGCUAUUGAGGGACUCUUUGAACAACAUCCCUUAUGACAUCAAGGAAAUCCCUAAGUCCAGGAAAUGCUUUGAAGUUAUUCAGAAUGCUGGAGAUGCCAUUUUUGUUCCUUCCGGCUGGUACCACCAAGUUUGGAACUUGAAAGACACCAUAUCCAUUAAUCACAAUUGGGUGAAUGGCUGUAAUAUCUACAGCAUGUGGUCGUGUCUGAAAAAUAGCUUAGAAGCUACUAAAAGGGAAAUUGACGAUUGCAAGGGAAUGGACAACUUUGAGGAACAUUGCCAAACUAUGCUGGACGCACUGUUUGGAAUCAACUACAACAAAUUUUAUACGUUUUUAGAAUUCAUUGCUAAUCGCCGUUUAAAUGUACUGAAAACCGGCAACAAAACAGGCCUGUACCAUGGCCACAUUAUUGGUAUUAACCACGCAGUGUUUGAUUUGAAUCAAAUCUGCAAAGUGCUAGGGGAAUUCUUAAGCUGUGAUCAUGUAAAUAAAAGUCAGUAUUUUCAUAAAGCACAGUCUUUAUUGCACGAAGUGUUCGAUAUUAUCAAGAAACGUAAUACUAAGCACGUUAUUGUUUGACCACAUUAUAGUUAUUUACAAAAA